UUAAACAUAGUUGAUACAACUUAAUCUGCACAUAUCUUGCAGAAAGAAAUAUUUUAAACUCUAUACAUUAAAAUCUAAUGUAAUACACAAGGGAGAUCAUACCUGGCGAAGGUUAGUUCUUAAGCUGUAGUUGACGGGUCGAUGAAUUGAUUGUUCGGUGGACCAUAUAUGGUUUAUAGGCAGUCAGGGAGAAGGAAGUUACUUUUGUACCGGGUAUUGAUCACCUGCUGGCACGUUCUUGGAUAGAUAAUGAGGGCAGAAGAUACAUGGAACAUUUGUCAACAUGCUUGGUUCAGCGCUAACCGUUAACGGAUCAAAGCGUCACUUACCCAUACAGUAUUGCUCAGUGUACUGGUACGUGACGUCAUGCCUUCUGUUGAUGACGUCAGCAAUAAUGCUGGUAACCAGCGCAUCUAUUCCUCGCUGGCUUCGGAUGGAUUGUAACAGGCCGGGGAACAUUCGACGUGUCCACGACUACGCUCUGUGGUACCUGAUCGUCUGUAAGGAGGACGUCUGUCAGACCUGGAGCUACACAAGUGUACUGACGAACACACAGAGUACAAAACGACCACUGUAUGACGAUUCCGAUGUGUCGUCAUCACCAGUGGUUGCUGAUCUCAGACUUAGUAAGGGUCAAAUGGUCGGAACGGAAAUAGAAAUCACUGCAGCCUUUUUGCUAGAACUGCUGACCUUUUCCAUAAUGUUGCGGCUUUCAAUCAAGUCCAGACGAACGUCAAUAAUAAGUCAGCGCUUCCAUCUGUCCAGACGUGAGCGUGCACGUCAUGCAGACGUUUGCCUUCACUGCUCCGCAUUCCUAGCAGCCAUUGUGGCAGCGGUAUGUAUUUUCAUACCAUUUGAAAGAUUUGCAGAGAUAAAUCGUAAGUUAUCGACCAUAGAUGUGCAUACUGGAUGCAGUAUUUCGACGCCUUUUGGAAUCAUUGUGCUUGGCUUUAGUGGGCUUGCCCUGGUUUUAUCUGCUAUCUUUAACGUGAGGAUAAUUUACUCGAGGGUUUCUCAAGGGUGCACCGCCAACGGCGAUGACGUCAUGGAUGAAGAGAACAGAAAGAUGGUCGCCCUUGUGGCAAUGGAAUCAAAAGAUAAUAAUUUAAAGGGAUACGCGGACCCGAUGCUGCCUGGCUACAGUAACAUCGACACAGAGACUGAAGUGACCUGAGGGAGAUUGCUACAUCAACAUAAUCCUAUUCAGUCGGAGCAAACAGUCCAUUAAAAACACGAACAACACACGUUCUGCUGUACUUAAAUGACUUGUUCAGUUUGCAUAUAAAUUUUAACAUUCUGAAUGUCGUUGAACGUCUUCACAAGUUUCGAUUCACUAAACCAUAAUUCAUUUUCAAUAUUUGUUUUAAUUGUUGUUUUCAAUCUAUACUGAUCAUAGACAAGUUCAUAUAUUAAGCUUUCUGUUUAUCGAUCUUUCAUAAAUGCUUUUUAUAAAUAUCGUAUAUUGAUCAACACCAUUUGUUCGGUCCUGUAAGCAUUGUGAGUGCUAAAAUGUGUUUUGACAUUAUUAAACAUAAACUAUGUAUAAGUUGUAUAAUAAGUUGUGUUGACACAGUAUAAUAAAGCGAUGGUUUAUCAAAAUAUUGAUGGAAUUCAAAGAAGCGUCAUGCAAUAUUUAACUUAAAAAAACACACCUGCUAGCUGAUGUUUUCUGUGUAUUUUAUUUAAGAACGAAACAAACACGCUAUUUAAAAUACAUUUAUUGCUUUGCUAUGUUCAGGGCGUAAACAUGUUUGAAGUUUUGAAAUAAAAAUAUUCGUUAUUAAAACAGUUUAUCAACUUUUA